AUGAAGGUUCUGAAGUCAGCGCAGCAGUCCACAGAGUUUAUAGAUAAGCUGUAUAGCAUGCUUGAAGACGCUCAAAAUCAAACAUACAUUCAAUGGACAGGCUUGGGACUUAGCUUUAUCAUAAUAAAUCCAACCGAGUUUGGAAAGUGCAUGCUAAACAAGCACUUCAAGCACGGAAACUUAAGCUCCUUUGUGAGGCAGCUGAACAAGUACGACUUCCACAAGAUAAAGAGCCCGGAGAACACCAUAAAGCAGUUUGGGCAGCAGGUGUGGGAGUUCAAGCACAACUAUUUCCAGAGGGGGCGCGUAGAUAUGCUCAAGCACAUCGCGCGAAAGAAAAGCAAUGCGGACAAGAGGUUCAAAACCUCGAGGGAAAUGAGCUCUGACAAUUUGGAAAGCUCGAACAGAAUACAGUCCCAGAUAAUCGGCACGCUAAAAAUGCUGACCGUGCACUUUCAGGUGCUGGUAGAGGAAGUGAGCGACCUAAAGAGAAGCCUCAGCAAGAAAGACACCCUUUUCAAAGAGACCAUAAAUGUUCUCAUCGCAGAGGACAACGUCACGUGCAGCUCCUACGCAGGAGCAAUUCUUCGCAAGAUAGGGUGCACCACGGAGACAAUCGAAACCGAGAAGGAGAUACUCCGCAAGCUGUCCGAGACAAAGUACGACAUUGUGUUUUUGAGCUCGCAAAUUCCGAGCAUACAGAAGAUUCUCUCCACGUUUAGACAGUACGAUGAAAUUACGCCGGUGAUCCUAACAAUAGACGGCCUCGUACAGGAAGAGUACAUCUCAGUCAUUGGGGCAGGCGCAAGCGACGUCCUUGUAAAGCCGUACCACCAAGACGCGAUGAUACAGAUAAUGAUCAAGUAUUGCUACAAUGCAAGAGCCAACAGAGCGCACCCCAAGCACCCGCAUGGCCUUCCUAUCUGGUGA